AUGGCAAGCAAAGACACUUCGACAGCACGUAGCGAUGCCGAGAAAACUAUACGCAAUGCCGCCGUCGAUGCUCUGCAACAUGGUCAAGAUCCUGAGAAGCCAUCGAUUCCCAGCUCGGCUGUUGAUGGUGUGAUGAAAGAUGUGCUCGGGCAGACUUCUGAGGGCGACAAAAAGAUGACUGAGAAGGAUACCACAGAACUGAAAAGCAAUGAACAAUGA